UAUGUGGUCGACAAAGUGAGUUAACUAUAUAUAAUGUGAGUCCCUCAUCUGUUGAACUUAACACUAAAUUAAAAACAAAUUAUUUUAUCCUACUACGCAAUAAAUACGUACUAUUAAAUCUUUGAUAGCCAUUUUUUAACAUUGCUAAGAAUUAAUUAUUUUCUUAGAAAUGGAGUCGUAUUUUACAAUAAAUCAAAGAUUUACUAAAUCCUGGGAAUUCUUUCAAAUUUUGAAGAGUUAUGAAGAUAAUGAAAAAUUUCAACUUUUUACUUCCAAUAGUAAAUAUCUAAAAAGUAUGGAUCUCUCGCGGUACCCUAAAUGCAAUCAGAAUCUUAUUUACGAUGAAAUUUAUUUGAAGUGUACGUAUGGUGGUUUACAGAAAAGUAAAGGAUGCGAUGUGUUACCAAGACUAUCUCAAAAGACCGGCUGCAAAGCUAAAAUAGAAGUAAGAACAAGUGCUGAUAAAGAUUAUUUAUACAUAACCGAUUUGUGUUAUGAACAUAAUCAUAGUCCUCUCCAGGUAUUUAAUCAACGCUUGGUAAAAAAAAGAUGUGUUCAGUGUGAAGAGAGUUUACUCAGCAUAGAGACUCAUGAUGACUCUACUAUUCAAGAGCUAAGGCGACAAAAAAUUAUGAUAUUGGGAAAAAGAUUAGAAAAUCAUUUUCUAAACUGUUCAGAAGAAGAUUAUAAAGCUAAAGAAGAAUCUUUUGAAAAAUUAUUGAGUUUAUUUGAUAACGGAAGCUAUACUCCAGUAUGGGCUAUGGAGCCUAUGAGUAUAAGUCAAUUAUUAUCUAAUUUACCCGAUUAUUCCAAUUCUGAAGAAUCAGAAGAUAUUUACCUGUCAAAUAAUAAUGAUGACAAUAAUGAAUACAUAGUGCAAGAUAUAACUUCAAAAGAAAAUAACAUCAUUAUUAGUAUUCAGGAUUCAGUUGACAAAAAUGUUAACAAAAAUAACAUGUCAAUUAAUGAGCCACCGCUAAAUUUUAAGGGUUUCGAAUUUAAAGCCCAAGAAACAUCACAGAAUAAAUUGGUUCAAAUGGAAAAAAUUAUAGAAGAAAUGGCAGCAAAAUCACCCAUACAACCUAUUUUGAUACCAAGUGGAAAAUCUGACGUAGAAUUGCAUUCUAAAUUACCAGUUAAUCCUAAAAAUUUAAUAAUAUUAGAUACUAAUAAAAAAGUAAGAAGUUGCGGGCGACCCAAGCGAUAUGCUUAGAUUAACAACUUUAUUCUAUAAUAAUAAAAUUUAUUAUUGAUUAAAAAAAGAACUUCACGUUCUUCAAAUCUUUAAUAUGGAUCUAAAUUCUAUUUCAAUUUAUUAUUUGUGUUUUUUUAUUUUUAUUCUAACAACAAUUUUGUUUGAGAUAUGA